AUGCGUUCGCAGGGCAAGCUCUUCGAAUACAUAUGCCAGCGGCUUGCGGUUGACGCAGAAAUCGCCGAUGAAAUAAACGAGCCGUACAUAUGUGACGACACCGAAGCUAUGCUGUUGGAAACCUUCGUUGAUAAGGUAGCAAUCUGGCUGGAUUUAUAUUCGCCCAUCCCGCUCUUUAGCGACCUGGUUGCCCGAGUGUCUGUCAUAGAGUCGUCUGGUAUUCUGCGGAAUUGCAUAUUUGCUUGCAGCGCACUGUACUUACACGGUUCUGAUCCAGAGGCAUACGAUGCUGGUUUUUGCCUCAAAUAUCAUAACGCUGCGUUGCAGCAGCUCCGGAUCAACCUUGCCUCGUCCGAGCGCGAGAACCCGAAGCUACUGCUAUGCUCGUUGAUAUUAGUGGUUGAGGGACUUUUCUUUGGCGAAAGCCAGACCUUCAUGCACCACAUCAUUGGAUCAUGGGCCCUUUUACUUGAGAUCUUGGACUCAAAUGCUGUUUCCGGGAAAAAAUAUGGCUACCUGUUUACUCAGGCAUGUUUUUACACGCUUACGGGAGUGGACUUUGCGUUCAUGACCCGGUUUGGAGUCAUGCCUGUGAUGGACUUGCAAACCUCUGAGUUCGGCUGUUUUUCAUCUGCCAACGGCUUAGAGGCACGCAGACUUCAUGAUGAGUGUCAGAUGCUCACCAGCGAUCACCGUGUUGAUUUUGCGAUUGCUGAUGAAAGUUUCCUGGCUAGUCGUGAUAAGACAUGGUGGCUCCAGGAAAGCCUUUUUGUUCUUUGGGAAUCCUUCAGAUUGAGACAUAUUCCCUACGUCGAGUCUGAGGAAGAUGUCAUCGGUGGCUUUCUGGCGCAAAAAUGGCUCAACUUGUGGCAGAAAAUCGAAGAUUUCGAGGCCAUGAUCCCAGCCAAGUUUGCCCCAUUGGUGUACAAUUCCCCGGCUUCGUCCCCUUCCAGCGGCGAAGCCCUUGUGGAGGGUGAUGCUUCUUCAUCUUCCAAUAAACCCAUGCGCAUGGAGAUAUACUUCCUGAUCGAACAAGCAGCCGUUAUCUACAUGAACAUGAGGUAUGCAAAAAUUCUUCUUCUGGAAUCCAUCAACAGAACCGGACUCAUUCCUACCGGUCACAAAAAAUUCAAAACAGUAAGACGCACAAAGCGUGGAACACGAAGACUGUAUGCUGGUCCUGUUUUGAGACCUGAUGAUGAAUUACUGGAUCAUUCAGAAAGAAGGCAAUUUCAGGUCCAGUACGCAAAAGAGAUCCUCGGCAUUGCCGAGUCUUAUGGUUCUGACUCGCUUGUUAGUGUUCUUUGUGUUGGUUUUGUUCGCCAUGCUUCACGGUUAUUGAAUCGGCAUUCGAAAAGGAGAGAAAGUUGA